AUGACGAUCAACAAGGCGCAAGGACAUACCAUACCGAUUUUCGGGGUGUACCUACCAGAUCCGAUUUUCUCUCACGGUCAGCUCUACGUUGCAUUGUCUAGAGCCACCGCGAAGAGGAACAUUAAGAUUCUCGCCAUCAAGGACGACGACAAGGGUAAAGGCAAGGGCAAGGAACAAAGCAAGAAUUCCAAGAAGCGAAAAAGAUUUGAGCCCUUAUUAACGACCAUGAAGAACAUACUUUAUUUAUUUUUUUCUUUUCGUGCACGUGUUAACAUUUGUUUUGUGUUUAAUCCUUUGCAGUACACAGUGUUUGAUCAGCUUAAGCAAAAGCUAAUCCUGAGGCAGACGCGUAAAAAUGCAGAAUCAGCAAGUGAUUCUUCCCCGGUUGCUCUUUCUGCAUUCUCGGCAUUCCUCCUUGGUGCCAUCUCAAAAAGUGUUGCUACUAUCUUGACUUACCCAUUAAUCAGGUGCAAGGUCAUGAUUCAGGCUGCAGACCCCGAUGAUGACGAUGAGGACGAAUCUGAAAGGACAGGGCCAGGCAAUUCAAGGCACACCAAAACAAUGUUGGGUGCUAUGCAUGCAAUGUGGAACAAGGAAGGCAUCCCAGGCUUCUUCAAAGGAUUACAUGCUCAGAUACUAAAGACGGUUCUGAGCUCUGCAUUACUGCUGAUGAUAAAACAGAAGAUUUCAAAGUUCACCUGGAUCUCGCUGCUAGCCCUGCGGCGAUAUGUCUUUGUUUCUCGGAAGAGAAUCAAGAGUGCAUAAUUGUAUCAUAUGCCAGA